CCUGAGAAGAACAUAUCACAUGGUACUUAUUUUUCUUAUUUUCCUUCACCAGCAAUUGAGACUAGAAGUGGAUGCCUUUCAGCAAAACGUCUCUAAAAAGUUUAACUUUCUCGGGAGCAUCAGGGAUUCAUUCGGGCAACUACACUCUCAGAGGUUCUUCACUCCGGACUCCGCUGGUUUCGGACAACCGGGAGAAGCUACUGCCAAUGAGCUCCGCCGAAUAGCAGAGGGGGCAGGGCUAGCCCUUAAAGGAGCCGCGACCCGUUAGCAGACCCGAGGGUGACCCGGAUGAUGGCGGCCAGCGCGUCCCUAGCCUUGGCCUUGUGGCUACUGCCGUCAGUAGGGGUGGGAGGGGCAGGACCCCCACCAAUCCAGGACGGCGAGUUCACGUUUCUGCUGCCUGCUGGAAGGAAGCAAUGUUUCUACCAGUCCGCGCCGGCCAACGCAAGCCUCGAGACCGAGUACCAGGUGAUCGGAGGUGCUGGGCUGGAUGUGGAUUUCACGCUGGAGAGCCCUCAGGGAGUGCUGCUGGUCAGUGAGUCCCGCAAGGCAGACGGGGUGCACACGGUGGAGCCCACGGAGGCCGGGGACUACAAGCUGUGCUUUGACAACUCCUUCAGCACAAUCUCUGAGAAGUUGGUGUUCUUCGAACUCAUCUUUGACAGCCUGCAGGAUGAUGAGGAGGUUGAAGGCUGGGUAGAGGCUGUGGAGCCCGAGGAGAUGCUGGAUGUCAAGAUGGAGGACAUCAAGGAGUCUAUCGAGACCAUGAGGACGCGGCUGGAGCGCAGCAUCCAGAUGCUGACACUGCUGCGAGCCUUUGAGGCACGUGACCGCAACCUGCAGGAGGGCAACUUGGAGCGGGUCAACUUCUGGUCAGCUGUGAAUGUGGCUGUGCUGCUGCUGGUGGCCGUGCUACAGGUCUGCACACUUAAGCGCUUCUUCCAGGACAAGCGCCCCGUGCCUACAUAGCCCCUGCCCCUGAGGAAGAACAGGGAAAAGGAAUGGCAGCAGGGUGCAUGCAUGUGAGACUUGGGGGUCCCUUCCUUAACUUGGUUUCCUACAGGAGGGAAGGCUGUGCAGUCCGGGCCUGAAGUGUGGCCCCUCUGCGUCUCUUCCCUUCUGGGCCGGGAAUACCAGCUGGCUUGCAGGCAUGGGCCAUCCAGAAUGGGUGGCUUAGUGGUUGCACCUGCUUCCUUGGAAAUCAUGCAUGGGGGCAUUGCAUUUGAAUGCAACCCUGAGAUUUUUCUGGCCCCGCCUGUCCCCUACUGUAAACGUGCCUUAGCCUGAGCCUUCCAGCUGCACCAGCACUGCCUGGUGCGGGAUUGGGCCCAGGAAGCAAACUUCCCCUUCCCUUCCCCACUGGCCCUAUGAGCCAGGUCGUUGUGAGGGAGGCUUGCGGCUCAUGAGACUCUAUGCCUUCCUCUCCUUGUCGCUCAACCUGAAGCCUGUUGCUGCUGUGGGGGCGGCCUGCUCAUGCCAGGGGCUGGGAAGGAGACGAGACUGCAGUGUUCUUGCCAGGACAGUCACUUUAUUGAGAGGAAGGGACCCGGCCCCUUGGCCCAGCAGUGACUGGGUGUGAGGUCUGGUAACAGAAUUCCAGGAGUGGGGCCUACAAAACCACCCACCCCUCCCACUCUCCUGGCAGGGGCCCCAGACAAGGCUGAGGGGUAGCCCAGCCUGCACAGGAGCCUCACAAAACAAAGGGUGGUCUGCCUGGAGACUGGAGCCAAUAAAUUAUGAUAAGAAAAUCA